AAGAGAAUAAUGGAUAUCCACACAAUAUUUUCAUAACAAGAUUCUAGAUGUUAAAUUAUCAAAGCUGGCCAGGCCCCUUAUAAAGUCCAUUUUUCCCCAAACACCAUUUUAAAAAAGGCGCCAAAAAAUCUUCAAAUAAUCAGAGAAAUUUCAAAAAACAACUCAAUUAUAAAUUUCAAUUUCAAAACUCCUCCAAUCUUUGGCUUUGCCGCUGCCGCGAUGUUCAAGUUGACGCUAUUCAUCGCCGUCAAAUGCUGCCAAUGCUCCACAAUGCAGGUGAAACAGCAGAAGAAGAGCAGCAAUAAAUGGAAUUGUGUGGUCUGCAAUCAAAAGCAAUCGGUAACGAAGAUCUAUGCUCAAAGUCACCAAGCCAAAGAUGUUCGUAAUGUUGUUCAAUCAUUCAAUAUGUCUCGUAAAUUGGAGGAUGAACUACAAGAAGUUCCUUCUUUGGGGCAUUUCGUCGAACAGUUGGAUGGUGUUCAGGAGGCGGGGCAGAAUAAGGGGAAGCGUCGUACUGAUUGGACAGAGUAUAUUGAAGAUAAAGAGAAUGUUGAACCUGCUUACUUGAGAUCAAAAUUAAGUGAGGAAGGAAUGGCAACUGAAGCGAUAGUUGUGACUGAGUUUUCUGAGGAUUUGAUGUUCAAGAAGCCAAAACUGAAGGGUAAAUUUGGUUCGAAUACUUCGAUUGGUUUAAACAAAAAUCAAUCUUUGAAGCCUAAUUUUACUAAGAGAGUGCAGGAUGAAUGCAUUUCUGAUGGUAGUGGUCUGAUCAACAAUGUCAGAAGGUACAGUGAGGAACCGGAGCAAAACAAGGUCUUGGGAAAGAUGAAGACAGGUUCUUCAAAGUGGCCUCGAUACACAGCAAAAGAUGAUUUCACUGAAGGCAUCGGAAGGAAGCAGCAGCAACCAAACAAGAGCAAGGGAAUGAUGAAAGCGAAUUCUUCCAAAUGGAGUGAGUAUAUGACAGAAGAUGAUGAUGGCUGUGAUGACAAAGAAGUGAGAGCAGGCUUUGCUGAUGAUAUGAGACUGAUGUGUGGGUAUAAACUGGAGAAUGAUGGUUUCGAUCAGCUGAUUGAAGAAGACAUCCACCCCGACUUCAUGUAGUUCUUCAGUCGGUUUUAGGUGUAUUAAUGAAGAUGCAGUAUAUAGUAUGCUUGUUUCAGAUGGUGAAGGUAACUUUCCAGAUUUCAGAAAUAUGUUUAUUUGGCUGUUACAGUUAUAUGCUGAUAGAUAAUUUCCUGAUUCAAGUAUUUGUAGAUAGGUAUUUUGAAAAGUUUAUAGAAAGAAAUGUUAUUGGGAGGUUUUUGAACUGUAAAACUUCCUGGUAGAUCUAAUUUCUGCUCG